GUGUAUCCCACGAGCUAGUCGCGCGCGGAAAGCAAACGCUUCGAAAAUCAAACGAUAUUUCCGUUUUGACGUUUAACCCCCACCCACCCAAAUAAAGCAAAUCUAACUAAAGAGUCCUGCAAAAAAAUCAACAGCUGCUUGAUCUUGAAGCCUCCAUAUCUUGAAAUCCUGCAUCAGCCAACAGCCCCAAAACAAAACAAAACAAAACGAAUGCAAAUACACUAAUGUGAACAACAACUAAAUUGCUAGUGAAAUGUUUUAAGCCAAAUGCUGUGAGUGUGUAACAAAAAAAAAAAAAAAAAAAAAAAAAAAAGAAGAGUGAUUCAAAGCAACCGCAAGCAAUCAACUUGUAACGGUAGUCGGAUACUCGCUUGCCCGCGGAGCAUGGAUAUCGCCCCAGUUCCGCCACCACCAUUAUCGAUAUCCGUAUCGCUUUCGGCUCCAGGAUCAACGGUAUUCGCAAACGCUGGCCACUAGAGAAGCGUCAGCCGAAUGCCUCAAAGAUGACACCGCUGCAACGGGACCAAUUGAACCACCAACAAUUUGUGCACCACUAUUUGCAAAGUCAACCUGUCAAUAACAAAAUUGACAGCUUUGAUAUUAAACAUAUACGUAAAACCCAAAACCCGACCACAAACCCAAAGUUUCGAACUGAAGACCGUUUCAAGACAAGCAGCAAGAGCAAGAUUACCAACCCGGAGAGCGGAAAUACCCAACUCCAUUUUCAUUUGAGUGAAACGCCAGACUUAUCCGCCUCAACUUCGCUGUUGCCGUCAGCAUUUGUUGCAUCCUCCGCCGCCUUGGUGAAUGUGACAUGCCAGGCGGAGGAAGGACAAAGUUCAGCAGGAUCACACUACACAGUUCAUAGAGGGAAUGACGCAGGCAUUUCUUUUGCAGCGUUGGACUUUCGUUUUAUAAGUUUCAGUGGCCAGUGGCUAAAGUGCGGCGAUAUCGGGCGAAACGGUUAACGGCUCACGGCUCAUGGCUAACGGUUGACAGCCAGCGGUUCAUCACGCGCCAAAUCCUUUUUUUUCAAGUUUGUCAAUGUUUUUAGUGGUACUAAAGAAAACACAUCAUUAUAUGUAAACUAUAGGCAAGAAUCUAAAGCCAAGAGUGGUAUGUGCCCUUAGUUUUGACCCAAGACCUACAAGUCCCUAGAAGACCCCUGACAGCCAGAACCACCCACCCACACACCACGCAUAAACACACGCACACACACAAACACACUCAUUCGCCACCCACCCACACAGUCUCAUAUCUCAGUCUCAGUCUCAGUUUCAAUCUCAGUUCCAAUCUCAGUUCCAAUCCAAUCUCAAUCUCAUUUCGAGGAUCAAAAACGGAGCAGCAACAUCAAUCGAUUCAUUAUGUUUACAUAUUUUUUUCGAGUGAUUUAAGUUUUGGCAAUGGACGCAGACUUCUUCUCCAUCUAAUCGAACCGAGUGACUUCGCAUCAUGCUGUAGAAGAAGAAGUUGACUAACAAAUGGUUGUUGUGAUCGAAAGUGUCUUUUGAGAUGUGUUUAAAACUCGGUGUUUGCCCAGCCAAAAUGGCCCAGCAUCGUUCGCUUGUCCGUCUCUACCUGCCCACCUAGAAGAGCUGCCCAGAUGAAUGCCCAGCAGCCGCUGAUCCUGGAGCCUGGAUCCAAGGCCAGCAGUGUUGUUGCGGCAGCUGCCGAGCUAGAGGCAGCAACAACCACGGCAGCGCUGGCCACGUCCUCCGCCACGGAGGCUUCUGCAGCGGACAGCUAUCCUGCCGUACAGCAGAACGGCGGCCACGAGGAGCAGCGGCUCAAUGGCAACCACGGAUGUCGCCGCGAGCAGCCGGAUGAUCGGACGGACCAGCCGGAGCAGUUGGAUCAGCAGGAUGAGCCCGAGCCAGUCAAGGACGUGGCCAACAAGCUGACCAUUAUCAAGACGCCGUUGAACAAGACUCUGCUGAAGAAGUGCAACAGCAACGGGAGCCUGCAGAUGCCGCACGCCAACAAUGGCAGCAGCAUCAACAUCAAUAAUCGCAACAACACAAACAACACCAACAACAACAAUAGCAACAAUAACAACAAUGCGGCCAGCAACGACGUCUGCGAUUCCGGUUUGCAAAGCGGAAAUAGCAAUGAACAAGAACCAUUUGCCAACAACGAUCGCCAUCACCACAUCUACCACCACCACCACCAUCACUAUCAUCAUCACCAUGGCGGCGAUAAGAGCGAGGCGAGCGGCGACGUUGCAUCCUCGUCCUCCGCGGACCCCAACUCGCAGGUCAAGGACGAGCCCACAGCGCAGGAUAGCCAGGACAAUCAAGCGGCCGGAGCUGCAGAGGCUGGAGGAGCUACUGCGGUUGCAGCCACGUGCAGCCCCAGCAAGUGCAACAAGUGCAACUCGCACAAUAACAACAGCAACUGCAACAAUAACAAUAAUACCAUCAGCAACAACAACAAUAAUACAAGCAGUAAUACCAAUACGAACAGCAACAGCAACAACAAUGCCAACAACAAUAAUAAUAAUAACAAUAAUAACCAUUACAACAACUACAAUAACUAUUAUAAGAAAAAGUCUCGUAUGCCGCCCAUUUGCCGAAUUAUGACACUGAGCCGUGGCCCGUACAGCGAGCUCGAUAAAAUGAGCCUUUUUCAAGACCUCAAACUCAAACGGCGCAAAAUCGAUUCGCGAUGCAGCAGUGACGGCGAGUCCAUAGCGGACACGUCCACCUCGUCGCCGGACCUGCUGGCGCCCAUGUCGCCGAAGCUCUGCGACAGCGGCUCGGCGGGGGCGUCGCUGGGGGCAUCGCUGCCCCUGCCGCUGGCCCUGCCCCUGCCAAUGGCCCUGCCACUGCCCAUGUCGCUGCCCCUGCCCCUCACGGCGGCAUCUUCGGCGGUCACCGUUUCGCUGGCAGCGGUCGUGGCCGCGGUGGCCGAGACGGGUGGCGCGGGCGCGGGAGGAGCUGGGACAGCAGUAACAGCGUCGGGAGCAGGACCAUGCGUCUCCACGUCGUCUACGACGGCAGCGGCAGCCACAUCCUCGACCUCCUCGCUCUCGUCCUCCUCCUCUUCGUCAUCCUCCACGUCCUCCAGCACUUCCUCCGCCUCGCCGACAGCUGGAGCCUCCUCCACGGCCACCUGCCCCGCCAGCAGCAGCAGCAGCAGUGGAAACGGAAGUGGGGGCAAAAGUGGUAGCAUCAAGCAGGAGCACACGGAGAUACACUCGUCGAGCAGUGCGAUUUCGGCGGCCGCCGCCUCAACGGUGAUGUCACCGCCGCCCGCUGAGGCGACGAGAUCCAGUCCAGCCACGCCCGAGGGAGGCGGACCAGCUGGCGACGGAAGUGGAGCAACGGGAGGCGGAAACACGAGCGGCGGAUCAACGGCUGGAGUGGCCAUUAAUGAACACCAAAACAAUGGCAAUGGCAGCGGCGGGAGCAGUCGAGCCUCUCCCGAUUCGCUGGAAGAGAAGCCCUCUACCACAACGACCACAGGUCGUCCAACGCUCACGCCCACGAAUGGGGUGCUGUCCUCCGCCUCGGCGGGCACGGGGAUUUCCACAGGAAGCAGCGCCAAGCUGAGCGAGGCUGGUAUGAGUGUGAUACGGUCCGUGAAGGAGGAGCGCUUGCUCAACGUAUCCAGCAAGAUGCUGGUGUUCCAUCAGCAGCGGGAGCAAGAGACCAAAGCAGUGGCGGCUGCAGCAGCAGCAGCAGCGGCGGGCCAUGUGACGGUUCUAGUGACGCCAUCGCGCAUCAAAUCGGAGCCACCGCCGCCGGCUUCACCCUCCUCUACAUCCAGCACACAAAGGGAAAGGGAACGGGAACGCGAUCGAGAGAGGGAUCGCGAAAGGGAACGCGAGCGGGACCGGGACCGGGAACGGGAACGGGAACAGUCCAUCAGCUCCUCGCAGCAGCACCUAAGUCGGGUCUCCGCCAGUCCACCCACUCAGCUGUCCCACGGCAGCCUGGGACCCAACAUUGUGCAGACGCACCAUCUUCACCAGCAACUCACACAGCCGCUGACGCUGCGCAAGAGCAGCCCGCCCACAGAGCACCUGCUCAGUCAGUCCAUGCAACAUCUCACACAGCAGCAGGCGAUCCACCUGCAUCACCUACUUGGCCAGCAGCAGCAGCAGCAGCAGGCGUCGCAUCCCCAGCAGCAACAGCAGCAGCAACACUCGCCCCACUCCCUGGUGCGGGUGAAAAAGGAACCGAAUGUUGGUCAGCGGCACUUAUCGCCGCAUCACCAACAACAGUCGCCACUCCUGCAGCACCACCAACAGCAGCAGCAGCAGCAACAACAACAGCAACAGCAUCUGCAUCAGCAACAGCAACAGCAGCAGCAUCACCAGCAGCAGCCCCAGGCACUGGCCCUGAUGCAUCCGGCUUCCCUGGCGCUAAGGAACAGCAAUCGGGAUGCGGCCAUUCUGUUUCGGGUGAAGAGCGAAGUGCACCAGCAGGUGGCCGCCGGGCUGCCGCAUCUGAUGCAGUCCGCUGGUGGGGCAGCGGCCGCCGCCGCAGCAGCUGUGGCCGCUCAGCGAAUGGUAUGCUUCAGCAAUGCCAGGAUCAAUGGCGUUAAGCCGGAGGUGAUUGGAGGACCGCUGGGCAACCUGCGGCCCGUGGGCGUCGGUGGCGGAAACGGAAGUGGCUCCGUGCAGUGCCCCUCGCCGCAUCCAUCCUCCUCGUCGUCAUCCUCGCAGCUGUCGCCGCAGACGCCCUCCCAGACGCCGCCCCGAGGCACGCCCACCGUCAUAAUGGGCGAGAGCUGCGGGGUGCGCACCAUGGUCUGGGGCUACGAGCCUCCGCCACCCUCGGCGGGCCAGUCCCACGGCCAGCACCCGCAACAGCAACAGCAGUCGCCCCACCACCAGCCGCAACAACAACAGCAGCAGCAACAACAGCAGUCGCAGCAGCAACAGCAACAGCAGCAGCAACAGUCGCUGGGCCAGCAGCAGCACUGCCUCUCCUCGCCGUCGGCGGGAUCGCUGACGCCCUCCUCUUCGUCCGGCGGUGGUUCGGUAUCUGGCGGCGGAGUGGGCGGACCACUCACACCCUCCUCGGUGGCGCCGCAGAAUAACGAGGAGGCCGCCCAACUCCUGCUCUCCCUGGGACAGACACGCAUCCAGGACAUGAGAUCACGGCCACACCCCUUCCGCACACCGCACGCCCUUAAUAUGGAGCGGCUGUGGGCGGGAGACUACUCGCAAUUGCCGCCCGGCCAGCUGCAGGCUCUGAAUCUCAGUGCCCAACAGCAGCAGUGGGGCAGCAGCAACUCCACGGGUCUUGGUGGCGUAGGCGGCGGCAUGGGCGGACGCAACCUGGAGGCGCCGCACGAGCCGACCGACGAGGACGAACAGCCGCUCGUUUGCAUGAUCUGCGAGGACAAGGCCACCGGCCUGCACUACGGCAUCAUCACCUGCGAGGGGUGCAAGGGCUUCUUCAAGCGGACGGUGCAGAACCGACGAGUCUACACCUGCGUGGCGGACGGCACCUGCGAGAUAACCAAAGCACAGCGCAACCGUUGUCAGUAUUGUCGAUUUAAGAAGUGCAUCGAGCAGGGCAUGGUGCUGCAAGCCGUUCGCGAGGAUCGCAUGCCGGGCGGUCGCAACAGUGGCGCCGUCUACAAUUUGUACAAGGUGAAGUACAAGAAGCACAAGAAGACCAAUCAGAAGCAGCAGCAGCAGGCCGCCCAGCAGCAGCAGCAGCAGGCGGCGGCGCAGCAGCAGCACCAGCAACAGCAGCAGCAUCAACAGCACCAGCAACAUCAGCAACAGCAGUUGCACUCGCCGCUCCACCAUCACCACCACCAGGGCCACCAGUCGCACCACGCGCAGCAGCAGCACCACCCACAGCUGUCGCCGCACCACCUGCUGUCGCCGCAGCAGCAGCAACUUGCCGCCGCGGUGGCAGCAGCUGCGCAGCACCAACAGCAACAGCAACAACAGCAGCAACAGCAGCAGCAGGCCAAGCUGAUGGGCGGCGUGGUGGACAUGAAGCCCAUGUUCCUCGGCCCCGCUUUGAAGCCGGAGUUGCUGCAAGCACCCCCCAUGCACAGUCCGGCCCAGCAACAACAACAGCAGCAGCAGCAGCAGCAGCAACAGCAGGCCUCGCCGCAUCUCUCGCUUAGCUCACCGCACCAGCAGCAGCAGCAGCAGCAGGGACAGCACCAAAACCACCACCAGCAACAAGGUGGGGGUGGCGGAGGAGCUGGUGGAGGAGCUCAACUGCCGCCGCACCUGGUGAACGGAACGAUACUGAAGACGGCCCUAACCAAUCCCAGCGAGAUUGUACAUCUGCGCCACCGCCUCGACUCGGCGGUCAGUUCGUCCAAGGACCGACAGAUCUCGUACGAGCACGCCUUAGGCAUGAUCCAGACACUGAUCGACUGCGACGCGAUGGAGGACAUAGCCACACUGCCGCACUUCAGCGAGUUCCUUGAGGACAAGUCGGAGAUUAGCGAGAAACUGUGCAACAUCGGCGAUUCCAUAGUCCACAAGCUGGUGUCGUGGACAAAAAAGUUGCCCUUCUACCUGGAGAUCCCGGUGGAGAUACAUACCAAACUACUGACGGACAAGUGGCACGAGAUCCUUAUCCUGACCACGGCCGCCUACCAGGCGUUGCAUGGCAAGCGGCGUGGCGAGGGAGGAGGCAGCAGGCAUGGUUCGCCGGCGUCAACGCCACUGAGCACGCCCACUGGUACGCCGUUGAGCACACCGAUACCCUCGCCCGCCCAGCCACUGCACAAGGACGACCCGGAGUUUGUCAGCGAGGUGAACUCGCACCUGAGCACACUGCAAACCUGCUUGACCACGCUAAUGGGCCAGCCGAUAGCGAUGGAGCAGCUGAAGCUGGACGUCGGGCACAUGGUGGACAAGAUGACCCAGAUCACCAUCAUGUUCCGGCGAAUCAAGCUCAAGAUGGAGGAGUACGUCUGCCUGAAGGUUUACAUACUGCUAAACAAAGCAGAAGUGGAACUGGAGAGCAUCCAGGAGCGGUACGUCCAGGUGCUGCGCUCCUACCUGCAAAACUCCUCGCCGCAGAAUCCGCAGGCGAGGCUCAGUGAACUGCUCUCCCACAUACCAGAGAUCCAGGCUGCGGCUAGCCUGCUGCUCGAGAGCAAGAUGUUCUAUGUGCCCUUCGUGCUCAACUCGGCGAGCAUAAGGUAGCAGAUGCUUGAGCACGGACUGCUGCCCACCGCCAACCAUCAGUCGGCGCCACCACCUGGUCCUGAUACGAUCCCGGAGCGGCAGCAGCAACAGCAACAGGAGCGGCGUCGAAGCAGGCAGCAGCAGCACCAGUUGCUGCGCAACCUGCCCAAGAUCAAGAUCGAGAUCGGUUCCCAGCGCGAUCCGGAGGAAGAGGAGUCGGAGCAAGAGCUAGAGCAGGAGCCGGAGCAAGAGCAGGAUGUGCAGUCCCGACCCUCAGCCGCAUCCACGUCCAUUUUGAAGACUUCACUGCUGAGCGGAGCGGCGGCGACGUUGGCCACCUUGACGGCGGCAGCCGAGCAAAUAGCCCGCUCCUCGGCCAGCUGCGACACUGCCAGGGAUUAUUCCCAAAGCAGCAACAGCAGCAGCAAUAGCAACGCUGCCACAGGAGCAACAGGAACUAUGGCCAGCGGCAGGACAGGCAGCAGCAACAGUUUAGAAGAGAGCAAAAGACUUGAGCAUCAACAACAACAACAACAACAGCAGCAACAACCACAACAGCAUCAGCAGCAACAAUAUACAUCAAUACUACACACGGCCUUAAUGUCACAGCGUUCCAUGCCACCAGCGACAUCAGCUACAUCAGCAGCAGCGGCGGUCACAUCGACGCCGACAACGGCAGCAACAACAUCGCCUACGCCUGCGCAUGUGCUGAAAACAGCGGUGACCUUAGCCAGUCUAAGUGAGAUAGCCACAGCACGUCAGCAGCAGCAGGAGCAGCAGCAGCAACAGCAGCAGCAGCAGCAGCAGCAACAAUUGCUGGCGAUGCAACAGCAACAGCAACAGCUAACGAAACUGCCCAGAAGGAUAAUCAACUUUGGCAGCAAUCACACUGCCAACACUGCCACCAAAGCAUUGGGAGCGGGAUCAGAAGCAGGAGCAGGAGCAGGAGUGGGCAUGGCCACAGCAACGGCAACAGCAACAGUUGGACGCAAUCGCCAACUGGGCCUGAGUCAGGGUCAAGUGGUGAAUGGUAAGCAGAAAGAAUUGUGAGCCUUGUGUUUGCGAUAACGUUUGUGUACCCCUCGUUAACGCUGCCAGUCAGGACAGCACGCCUGCUCAAUGGCAACUGUUGCGGCCGAUUGCAGGCGACAGCAGGAACAGGGGCCAGCAGGGGCACCAACACUGCCGGCAGCAACACGGUCAACAUGCAGACCCAGACCGACGAUGAGUUGCUGCCGCUGUUAGCCAUGCUCCCACAAGACGCUCCCACAACAACAGGAGCAGCAGCAGGAGCAGCAGUAUCAUUAUCAUUAUUAGCCACAGCCACAGCCACAACCACAUCUUCAUCAUCAUCAUCAUCAUCAUCAUUAUCAUCAUCAUCGACGAUUUCAUUAGCAACACGUGCAGCAGCAGUAAUGCAGCAGCAGCAACAAUGGACUGCCGUGUCGACGACGCCAGCAACAGGAGUGAUGAUGACGACGACGACGACACAAUCACAAUCACAAGCAACAUUAGCACCACAACAACAGCAACUAUCACUGCCACAACAAAAGCAACAAUUUAAUACGAGAAUAAACAGAAAAACAACAAUUACAACAGCCACCACAACAGCACCAACAGCAACAACAGCAACAACAACAACAACACGAAACAGCAACAUCAACUUCAACAGCAACAAUAACUAUAUGAAUAACAAUAAUAUAAACGCCGCCACUGCCAGAGCCUCUGCCUUCGCCUCCGCCUCUGCCAUGGCCACGGCCACGCCCACAGGCACACCCACUGCCACGGGCCCGCGCCAGAGACCGGCCCCGCAACCGCCCCCGCCCCCGCGCACGCCCACAGCCACCUCAGCUUCUGUUACUGUAGUUGUGUUCAAAACAAUGUUACCUGAUGACUGAAUUAUUUUAGAAUCGUACACAUAGAGCAUGUUUUAUUAUGAUUACCACUAUGAUUACCACUUACGAUUUACGAUUACGAUUAUGAUUACGAUUAUGAGUAUGUCUGGAUAUCAUUACCUAUUAACUAUUCAUUAGUUAUGGAUUAUCGAUUAUUACUAUUUUUACUAUUACUAUUGCUACAUGCAUAAUGUAGAGCCUAAUUGAUCUAUCGUGUAUUUUAGUUUGUCUAAUUGUUGGAUCCCUGUACUAUAUCCCACACACAUACACACACUCUCACCCAUAUUUGAUCCUCACCCCCAAACAAUCCAUAAGCACACACUCAUACACACACACACACACACACACACAUUGCCGUUACUAAGGAAGGGUAUGCGCAUAUGCGAAGUUGAAACAUUUUAAUCAUGUAUUUUUUUUUUUUGUGUUUUUGCUGAACGGAGAUGAAAGUUAAGGAGGUCGAGCAACAGCAAUUAGAAGUGUUAAUUGAGUAGGAUUAUGAGUACGUAGCGAGUAUGUAACGAGUAUGUAAUGACUAAGUAAAGUUUACGUAGACACAAUGCCACACACAGCUAUAGCAAGCAUUUAGGAUGCGUGCAUAUGUCAGUUAUCUAUUUUUUUUUUUUAAACUAAAAUCUAUAUAAAGUAACGAGAGAGGAAGGAAGAGCGAAGCAGGGCGGGAGAUUCAACCACAUAAAGUAUAAAUAGUAGAGCUUGAGCCAAGUAGCUAGUUUAGUGUACAUCCGUUUUGGGGCAGGGAAGUAGAGCAAUUUGUUGACGAGUCGGGGUGGUGGGGUGAGCGGUAACGAAGAUCGGUAACGGAAGUGGAGACAAAGCGGAACCGGAAACGGGAGCUGGACUGCCAGAUCGGAAUCACACAUCAACCAUUAUGAGAACUUCGCUCGCAACUCUUGCAGAAUUAUACUGUUAGAUCCUGUUAGUUAUCCAACCCAAAACUCCCAACCCACACACACUAUACCUAAGUUAAGAACGCAUAAUCACAUACUACACAUAAAUUACGCAUAGUACAUACAAAAAAGAUGAAGAGAAAACGAGAAAAUGAGAAAAAACAAAGAUAAGGAAGAUAAGAAAGAAAGAAAGAAAGAAACGAAAGGACUUUUUUUUUGUAAGCUCGAUUGCGCAAUUGUAUAUCGUAAUCGUGUUGUCUUCGCAACCCCAAACGCCCCAUGGCGGUAUUGAUGCCCGGAUUGUUAUCGAUAUCGUCGUACUACGUUUUAUUUUGUAAAUGUAUUAAUUUUGUUGAUUUUUUUGCUGUCUGUACACAUUUUUUUUAACAACAUUUUUUAAUAAAUGUAAUUCUUGAAUAUGCUUUAUGUUUUUAAUUUACUCUCAAACCCCACCACAUUUUGAGUUUCAUUUGGUUUGUAUAUAAAACAGAUAGGAGUCACUCCAUUUUACAAGUUUUCUUUAUCAGAAUUAACGUGUUGUUUUCAAGUCAAAAUCUUCGAAUUGGUAGCGAAUUUGUAGGUAAGGGAAUUCCAUAAAUAAUGCCCAAAAUAGAAAAACUCGCCCUUAACUAUAAUUCUACACACAUUUUACGCGCUCUCCAAUUUCUACUUGAAAAUUCCUCAGUGGCGCCACCUGUAUUUAGAGACUCGAAGUGUAUGCACCGGAAAUGGCAAAAUCGGCUUGAAAGAAAAUUGGAAGAAUCUCUUGUGAAUAGGAAAACCCGAUAAAAAAAAUCCUUGAUGCCCAGUCCUGAAACACAAAUCCUCCCGAUUGAAGCUCUGUCAAAUAAAUAACGAAUCCUAGAGCUGAGAGGAGAAACAGAAAUAGAGAAAUUAAGAAAAAAAAAACACGAAAACAAUGUUUUUCGAACGAAACCGAGGAACAGAAGAUGAGAAUAUAUGCAAGAGUCUGACAUCAAAUUGCCUUCAAAGCGUUAUUUUUGAUUUUUUUUUCCGUAGAGUUUUUUUACGAGAAAACGAUGCAAAAACCAAUACGAAAUACCAAAUAGCAAGGAUAUUUAGAGUACGUAUAUAUGUGGAUUUACAUAAGCGAUGACAUAAUAAUCAUAUGAAUAUGGAAAAAGCAGCAACGGACGGACGGCUAAAAGGAUUAACAUUUUUUGUAGAGUAAUUGCAGGAUAAACAGCAUCUGGAGGAAAAGAGUCAAAAUAAAAUAUUUUUGCACAGCGUGUUAUCGAAUAAGUGUUAGACCUUAAACGUAACUGUAAUCGAGAUUAAAAUCAAUCAAAGAACCCUUCCCCUUCCGUUCCCUUCCCUACCCAUCCCUUCCCCACCUUUUUCAACCCAUCCCCAAAAACUGCCAGUUUCCCACCCCGCCCAUUUGAUUAUCAGGGCUAGGGUCAGAUGGACAAUUGCUCCCGCUGAAGAAGAAGAAGUGUCUUUGUAAAUACAUGAGUAUAAGCAGUGGGACUUAGUGGGGUCUGAAGACCCCAACCGUACCAUCUGGCAUCUCGAGAUAUAACAUUAGUUAGCUAAUUUUAACGACUUACACUCCCGGACUCACCAACUGCAGUCACCUGCCUACCCAGCUGCGACUUUUCGUAGAUACACUGUUUUACCCAAAAGAACAAGAAUACAAUGAAUACUUAAAUGCUCAACUUCACCACAUGACCCACUCAGCCACUCAGCCACUCAACCACACCCGCAUCCAACCCACUCCGCUUGCCUAGAUCCAUUUGCAUCCCGGGAAGGAACCCAUGUCCACCAUUUCCCUAUAGUGUAUAGCGUGGAUGCAAUAUGAACUUCUUAUGGUGCUUAAUCUGGAUCUUGAUCUUGAGAACAACCCAAGCCUAGAACUCAAAUUAUGGGACUGAUGCAAUGAAACAAAAAGAAAACAAUGAAAAAAUAAGUAAAUGAGCUAGGGAAGAAAUCUAAUUAAACCCAUAUAUGUAUACUAGGUGUAUAUGUGUAUUGAUUUAAAGAUUCAAUAAUUAAAAACGAAGUAGAUCCUUCCAUAUGAUAAAAGAAAAAAUAAAAAAACGAGAAAAAUACAGAGUAAACUCUAGGGAAAGAUCUCGCUUCUGAGGCCAUUGUUAUACUCUUUGAAUUUGUGUAUACCCCAGAAUAGAAAAUUGUGAAACCAAAUCCAAAGAAAACCAAAACACAUAACAAAUCGCCGUGGAAAAUUAUAGAAAUACUGUUUUUUUUGUGCAUUUCUAAUUCUACAUAGCGGUCGCCAGCGAGUUUUACCUUUUAUAUAAGUAUACAAUAUGGUUUUUGUUUCGUUUUGGAUUUGAUAUGAAUGUUACACGAUGGAUUGAUAUUGAUUGAUUGAUUAGUGAACGUUUGAUGUAGUGGUAACCAAAAAGAAUAAUUUAAAUGAUAUAUUAAUGUAAUGCAUAAGAGACGAAAACACAAACGGCAACAGAACCGCAAAUGAUAAUGAAAUGAAAAUGAAAUGUUAGCAAAAAUAAAAAAGGACAACUAAAACAAACUAAGCCCGUAAUUGAGAAUUUUUAAAGCACGAUUCGAGAUCACAUAUAAAUUUAAUAAAUUACACAUGUAUUAAUAAUGAAAUGAUGUAUUUACGAAUAAAAUUAAUAUUAUCACAUG